AUGGCACUCAAUUUGGUUGUCAAGGUUCAUCCCGUAGUUUUAUUUCAAAUUGUUGAUGCUUACGAGCGACGAAAUGCAGAUUCUCAUCGUGUUAUCGGCACUUUGUUGGGCACAUCGGACAAAGGUGUGGUGGAAGUGACAAAUUGCUUUUGCGUACCUCACAAGGAGCAUGCGGAUCAGGUUGAAGCUGAACUCAACUAUGCCAUGGACGUUUAUGAGCUGAACCGAAGGGUUAAUUCCUCUGAAAACAUCGUUGGAUGGUGGGCCACCGGCAACGAGGUGACCAACCACUCGUCGGUGAUCCACGAGUACUACUCGCGCGAGUGCCGCGAGCCGGUGCACGUGACGCUGGACACGUCGCUGGCGGGUGCGCGCAUGGGGCUGCGCGCGUACGUGUGCGUGCCGCUGGGCGUGCCGCGCGGCAAGCAGGGCGUCAUGUUCACGCCCAUCGACGUCACGCUCAUCUGCUACGAGCCGGAGAUUGUGGGUCUACAACUGUGCCAGAAAACGAUGGCGCCUAACGGUCGGUCGCGUCAAGUGCAGCCCAUGUUAGACCUGGCACAGGUCGCUGAGGCCGCUGCCAAACUCUCGGGACUUCUUGAUCAGGUGCUGCAGUACGUGGAGGACGUGCUGGCGGAUCGCGUGGCGCCGCACAACGCGGCCGGCCGCCAGCUGCUGGAGCUGGCGCACUCGCUGCCCAGCCUGGCCGCCGACGCGCUGUCCGCAGCCUUCGCCUCCAGUGUCAAGGACCUGCUCAUGGUGGUGACUCUGGCGCAGUUGAUCAAGACUCAAUUACAGCUGAACGAGAAGCUCACCUUACUCACGUCCCAAUGA